CUUAACAGCUGUUUGCUUGCUCAGCGCGAGUGGUUUUGCCUAGAUCUUGAUAGACAGUAAGCCAAACUGCUUGGAAUGACUGAUGCAACAUCUGUUGCCUAAAUUCGGCACCCUCUCUGGCGGUCCCUAUCAUCAAAUCAGCACAUAUAUGUCUUUUUUGUACAAAGGUUGAGGCUCAAUGCCGAUGGAAGCAGUGAAAAAGGAACAUUCCUGUAGAAGUACACCUUCUAAGAUUGCCGGACCUCUGCAUGCGUCGUCUUCAUCGCACUUCAGUCACAACACAUGACACAACACACGGCAACAAUCGGCAACCCGAUGUUGGCGCUGGUCUCCGGGAUGGCCCAAACGCCGAGCGCAGCAGCAGCAAUGGGCCGAUUGCCUCACCUCCCGGCAUGCGACCUGCUGCUCUUCGGACCCGCCGCAAGCCACCGCUCUUCCCUCGCGCUCCACUUCGCGCUGCACCACGCCGCCUGCACCCGCCUGCCGGCACUCUUCCUGUGCCGGCAAGAGGGGCUGGAGCAGGCCGUGCCGCUGCUGCCGCACAUGUGGGACGAAGACGAUCCCGCCCUGCACCUGCUUCACUUCAAGUACAUCAGCAGUCACUUGGACUUGCAGCGCUUCGCCGCGUGCCUGCACCUGCUGCGCGGCGCCCAUGCGGCCAUUGUGGUGGAGGACCUGAGCGCGGUUGUGCGGACGGACGACCGCAGCUCGCUGGUUCGCACGCUGGCGCUGCUGCUGGAGGGGGUGCAGGCGUACAGGUCUUCCCGCGGCUGCUGCUGCCCGCUGAUGGUGACGGACUCGAGCGAGGAGCCCCGCAGGCCGCGCUACAUCUACGACCGCUGGUUUCCGCUGACACUGGCUCUUACGCCCGCCGCAUCGCCGCCCGCCCCAAGCGGCUGCUUCUGCUUGGCCGUGGCCGCACCGCCCUCCUCCUCCUCACUACUACAGCCCUCACGAGCGGCGGCUGGCGGACCGGACGCCGCAGACGCGCCGCCCGCCCCCCCUUCACCCCUGCCAGCCGCCCCGCGUGUGGGGCCGUGCUGCGUGUACCGGGCUGCGGGGAGCCAUCUGGUGCUGGAGGCGGUCGUCGAGCUGCCAGCGGGGCAGCAACCGCAACCGCAACCGCAGCAACCGUUAGUGUACGACAACCGUCAAGAAGGGCUGUUAGCCGCGGGCCGUUACCGGUAGCCAUGGGCUGCUGGGCUGCUAAUGACGGAGUUGAGAUGGGACGCGCACACGCGCACAUUGGUGCAUCUUGGUAGGCGUAGGCGGCCGGGCCCUAGGAUUGAAGCUGUAAGAGGGUUAUGAUCUUAAGAAGUAAAGUACGGGGGUUGUGGGGCUGUAUGCGUUGGAGAAGGUGAAAAGUGAGCUCUGCAUGGAUGGGCGUUGGCGUCUGUAGAAGACUGUAAUGUCGUUCAGCAACCGGUUAGGAAGCGGAAGUUACACUGGUAACCGGUUAGGAAGCGGAAGUUACACUGGAGGACAGUAGCUGAGACCAUCGUCAGACGUACAUUCUAACAGGGCGUCGACCGCCCUCCCCCAGGGGGCACGCCGUGCACAAGGCAGGGAACCGUGCCCAACAGAUACAGGGACAGGCCAC